CCCCAUUGGCCUUCGAUGGAAAGUGGCCGAGGAGUUCCGAAUGUGGUAUCUCAAAAUAUUAGCGUUGUGGAAAACGCAUUUGUUGAAAAAAUAAUCUUAGAACCUUUAGACACCUGAAUGAAGUGAAGCACAACGAAUGAGCUAGCCUUUUUCGAGGAGUUAUGAUAUCAAAGCGCUAUGACCAUCUUCUCCGCCUCUUGCUGGUCGGAGAGACAGGCGUGGGAAAGACAUGCCUGCUCUGCAGAUAUGCAUCUGAUGACUUCGUUUCUUCCCACAUCUCAACAAUAGGUAUAGAUUUCAAAAUGAAGAUGAUAGAUGUUGACGGGAAGACAGUCAAAGUCCAAAUCUGGGACACUGCAGGACAGGAGAGAUUCGAGGCAAUCACCAAACAAUUCUACAGACGAGCACAGGGUAUUCUCCUUGUGUUUGACAUUUCAAGUCGAAAAUCAUACGAGUCAGUUCCUCGAUGGUUACAACUAGUCAAUGAGAACUGUAAGGAAAACACUGUAGUCACAUUAAUUGGCAACAAGAGUGAUAAAGCAGACACUAGACAAGUGCCAUUUAUGGAGGCACAAACUUUUGCGGACCAACACAAUAUUAACUUCUAUGAAGUCAGUGCCAAGAACAGAAAUAAUGUUGACAAGCCAUUCCAAGACAUGUGUAGGUCUAUACUUCAACAAGAAGAUCAGUCACCAGAGCAAGAAAACACCAGUAUCACUAUAGACACCAAUACCCCAGCAGCCUCAUCCCAGGGGUCAGGAGAACAGGACCCGGCCCUUGGCCCAGGGGUCACAGGAGAAGGGGAAGGGUCACAACAAGGGAAUUGGUGCUGUAGUAUAUCUUAGCGAGCGUAUUUACUUAAGGGAUUCCGAACAAAAAAUAGCCAAUGUUUACCAGACAUUAAUUCUACAGUGGCACUGACUAAAUAUCAGUUGCCAAACCAUUCCAUUGCAACAGAAAAUAAGCUAGUUCCUAAUGUUCUUCCAAGAAAUUAUGAAAUUAUGUAUUUAAUUUAGUUUGAUUUAGUAGUCAAUUGCUUUUUUGUCUAUGAGUAGCACUUACAAAGCAUCAAAAUAGAAAACUUGUUGAUUCUAAAGUCAAGCCCAGAAAUCAAGAAAACCUACUCUUUUUUUUUGCUUAUUUGUUUUGCUUUAGUAGUCAAUUGCUUUUUUAUAUAUAUUAACAAAAUCACAAAACAUGUCAAUUUUGAAUGGUUUGCCCGGAAAUCAAGAAAAUCUGUAUUGAUUUUUAAUUUGAUUCUUUGACAUUCAGGUAUUUUUCGGCUAUUUAUAAUGAUAGAACUUAGUAUCAUAAGAUUAUUUUUUUCUUCAAGUUGAGCAAUAAUAAACUCCUCGACACCGGACCAACUCAAACUUUACCAGACUGGGCUGGUGGGUGAAACAUAAUAAACAGACUCAUCAAAAUCAUAGCAUAUUAUACCUAUGAAUGGCUAAAAGCUAUAUGUGAUAUAUACAGGGUGCUUUGUAGUAUAUAUUUUUGCUUGCUGAACAAAAUGUAUUUAUAUGUGUUGUGUAAUUAGGGUGGAACCUCCCUACCCCUCAAGGACCUUACAUUCCUUCAUUUUCCUUCAUUUUCAUCCGGAAUUCUGCUUUACAAAGAAUAUUACAUGAUGUUGAAGGGUGAGAGUGGUCUAGUGGUAUCGGUGUCCGCCUCUCACCCAAGAGAACAUGGGUUCAAUUCCCACAAUAGAAACAUAAACUUGGCCCCCUGAAAUAGGAUCCAGUACUGGUUUUUGCCCAGGAAACAGACUUGAGAGUUAUUUCAACUUUUAGCUGUCUUCAUAAUCAAGCUGAAAUAAAUAAGUAUUAAAUAAAAUGUGGUGCAGGGUCAUCCAAUUGGAUAAAAAAAAUGUACUGGUAUGAGUUAAAGAUAUUGUUCUCCUUUUUUAAUUAUUUUAAAUUGCCAUCUUUUUCUGUAACUUGUUACAUUUAAGGUAAGCCAUCCAUCAUUGAAUAUUUGAAAGGCCUAUUACCGGGCUAUUUCAUUAAUGAUAUUUAAGUACUAAUUUUCAAUGAGAUGUAUUUGUGGAGAAGUUAGUUUCGGCAAUAGUGUUCUUAUUCCAUGACAUGUGUAUAUGAUAUCUAGUAUUAAUGGGUCAAUAGCAUCAUUAUCCCCCCCUCCCACCCCAGCCCUGCUUCAGAGAAGCAGGCGCCAAUUUUACCUCUGAAAUAUUAGGAAUUUUCAACCAUCAGUUAGCAUUUUACUAUGAAAUAAAUCAUUUGAGAAUUAUUAACAUGACUCUCAUAAUUAUUAAAAAUAUUAAUAUGGCAUAGUGAAAUGGUUCUAAUACGAUCAUAUCUGUUGUUUUGAAAAUGCAUACCCUCUCCCUUGUACACCCUCUCCCUUGUACACCCUCUCCCUUGUACACCCUCUCCCUUGUACACCCUCUCCCUUGUACACCCUCUCCCUUGUACUGAUGUGCCAUCAUUUUUGAUACGUGAGCUAACAUUAGAUAUUAAAGGGACUUGACACCAGAUGAUACAAGUGCAUGAAAAGAAGGAUAUUGUCAAAAUCUUACAUAAAAUUGAUAUUGAUGUGUACAACGCAUUGAAUCUUACUUACUGAGGUGUCACAUCGCUUACGACACAUGUAUCUUUGGCAUUUUUUGCAUAUUUUUCUAAUUCGAAAUUUACUGGUCUGUCUACCGUGCAAAUCCCAGCAGAUUUUAAAAUUAGCAUCAAUAUAUUUAUCUGUACUAAUCACAUGACUUUCGCAUGCUGAAUAUACAUACUAUAAACUGGGAAACCAUCAUACGCUUUUUUAAAUGGGUAAACUCAGCUAAGACAGCGACUAAAUUUUCUUAUAAUCAUGUAAAGUGAUGUAUUAUUGGCCUGAUACUACAUAUGGCCUGACAAUUCUAGGCUUGUUAGAGGACAUACCGAAUUUGCUAAUUUCGGGACCGUCAGGUGUCUAGUCCCUUAACAUGAUUUUAGAUUGCGAAAGGGGUUUAAGCUAAUUUAAAGAGUUUAAGAAGGGGGCUGCACCCUGCCCUUUUUAGAAGUGUCUGUCUGCCCUCAUGGAGACCAGCAUGUGCACUCAUCUGUCACAAAUAAUUUAAUUACAUUAAGCGGACGAGGAAAUUGAUUCAAACAAGUUUGAGCCAACAGGGUUGUACUGUAUAUGGAAUAAACACAUCAAAAUUAUACUAUCAGACAUAUUCUUUAAACUUGAAUGGCAGUAUAUAUUUACGUUUUUGUAGCUUUAAUUAUAAACCUUAAAACCUUUACAGCUUUAAUAUUUUAUUAGAUGUGUUUUGCAAGAGAGUGUGCUGAUUUAAAUCAGAUUAGUUUAUACAUGUACGGUAUUUUUGCUUUUUGUGUUGCCUGCGAAGCAUUCUAGACUUAUAGGAGUGCCUUUGUUGACGCUGCCAUCGGCAUCACUCUUUUGUUUCUGAUCAAUAACUUUUGAACAAUUUGGUGUAGAGUCUUCAAACUUGGUAUGCACAUUAGUCAUUAGAUGACCCCUAUUGAUUUUUUAAUCAAAGGUCAAGGUCAUAGUGACCUUUAAUAGAAAAAAUGAUGGGCGCCUCUGAUCAGUGAUACAUAAUCUACUUGUUGAUACAUAUACUAAAUGUAUGUAUUAAAAAAAACUACAAUUUGUAUUUGCUACAAGUUUGACGUAGGAAUAUUAUGAAUUUUUCCUAGUUUUUAUCAGGCAUGAAUGGCAUAGCUAAUAUUGACCAUGAUUUCAUAAUUCAAACAAAAUCUGAAGUUUCUCAGGCACCGCCCUUAUUUAUUUUCAUUACUCCACUUCAUAUUCCACAAAAUAAAGCUUUAUUUCUCUUUUUUUUAAAAAACAAAAUAAGAUAGGAGAAUAUUAAAUUACCAUUGUAUCAUGCAACAGCAGCUAAUAUUUUGUUCAACAUCUUUAAAUGUGCCUUUUUAACAUAUUAUUUUUUUAUUAUUUUUUUUAAAUGUUUGCAGUUUUUAAAACAAAAAUAUAAAAACAUUACACACUCCCUUGUCAUUUUUUUUUAUUUUAAAAGUGCCUUUGAAACUUCAGAUUAUUUUUUAUUGGACUACAUGUUUAAAAUUAUAUGUUUAUCUGAGGCUGUGUGUACAUUGUUUCCUGUUUUUGAAUCUCUCCUAAAAUAUAUCCUGAAAAACAGGAAGAGGAAUGCGUCCUGUUUUAGAUAAUAACUAUCAAGGAAUAAAAAGACUGUGAUGGUUUCAAGUCAUUUUCAUAAAUUUAAUCUCUCACUGGUCAUUUGAUAUAAGUUAUCAAAAUAUGAAAUACUUUAUUUUCAGUGAUAUUGUUAAAUAUACCAUACUACAUACUAUUCUUUUUAAACCACUAAUACUUUUGCAUUAUUUUGACUUUAAAAAUUUUGAUGAAUUGACUUAAGUUAAGAAGUUACUUACGAUGUUUUAUGAAUACCGGCCCAGUGCCACACUUGUAUGUGUAUGUAAAAUUUGUAUGUAAACAAAAAAUAAUAUUUUGUCGUUCUAAGAUAUUUUUUAUAUUUCAUUGCGUCAUAAAUAAGUUAGUACAAUAGCAAACAUGAUUAAACAAUUUUAAUCAUGCCCCAAAUUUCCCGAAAGUGACACUCUUAUACAAAAUCAAAAAUACACAUGUAUAACAAACAUAAUUUUUGAGUGAUAAACCUUCAACUACUUACUAAAUAAUGCAUUUAUGGAAAAGAUUAAUUACAGAUAACAUGAUUGUUACGGUGUAUUUAAUAGCUGAAAACACAAAAAUAUUAAAUGACUGGCGAGUGCUAAAAGAUUCGCUGUGAUCUACUUUUGUCUCUUAAGAUAGGAAUACUGUGUUUUCUGCACAUUUCUUUCAAAUUAAACUUGUAUCCUUCAUAAGAACCAUUGUUUUUGACAUUUAUUAAUCCUUUUUAGUAAAUUAAAACAAUUGUAUUAAUUGAGGUUAACCUUAUUUGGGAGUUACAGAGUGCAUCUUUAAGUCUCUCACUACAGGAAUAAGCUCACUAUUUCAAGUUUGUUUAAUUUGUGUACUUUCAACACAUUAAAGUGUUUUUAGACUUUAAUUAGUUAUUUUCUGUAUGAUAAUCAUAAUAAUCAUAUUUCAUUUAUCAAAUUAAAGAAUGUAUUUUGGCUAAUUGAAAUAAGUUACUUAAGCUUGUUUAGCUUAAGAAGUUUCGAGAAAUUUUGGCCAGGGGUAAAAUUUUGGGAUUUAUCCAAAAAACAGGAUAUAGAGCUUUUAAUGUCCGACUAUCAUUUAUGUGUUAAGUUUGUUUUUUGCCAGACAUUUGCAUUUAAGAUAGUUGGAAACUAUGGAAGAUGUAUACGAAUGGCUUUUGAAACAAUCUUUUAAAGGCCCUUAACCAUGCUUUGAGCCUAAAUCUCUCAUUUUCAAAGGCAAAUUUCAGGAUUCAUUUUGGAUUUUUUAUCUUUUAUUAUCUCUGAUAUUGCAAUACAGUGAUUUUUUUUUUUGCAAAUUUUAAGUUUAAAUUUACCAGUGUAUGAGAAAGGGUAGUGUAUUUUUAAUAUUCUAAUCUUCCCUGAGUACCAGGAAGUGAAUAUUUUAUUUUAUGCUUCCUGUUUAUAGAUAAAGAAAGGUACCAUCAAAUAGUUGAAACAAAAAAAAAAGUCCUGUUGACAAAAAUCAGUGUUUAAAAUGUUCUACUCUGCGUUUCACCAUACAUACGAUGAAAUGCUAUCAGCGUAACAUGCUGGCAUAUUUCAUAAGCUAUACUAGCGGGAUACAGAAACUGAGCGUGCAAUAACAUACUAGUUUUGAAAUAACCCCGGAAAUAUUAAUUUCUAAAGAUGUCUUAAUAAUGGUAAUUGUCAAAUGAUUUGAGGUAAUACCUCUCUGUCCCACAAUCAUAUUUGUUUCUCAAAUAUUUGAUGUAAACAUCAUUUAAUCAUUAAAAGGCUAGAUGUUAUUUUACACAAAUUUCAUGUAGGGCAAAGUUUCUUUUUUCCGCUAGUACGAUUUGUUGGCCGUCUGCAUUGUGCAUUCUCAUUCAUCAGAGGUUUGAUAAUGAUAAAUCUAACGCAUAGUAUUAUCCCUCUGGUAUACGAGAAUGGCUUCACGUUAUCAUUGUUAUUUACAAUGUAAAUAGCUUUCAAGUAUCUAAUAUAAUUUUUAUCCUCUUGUAUACUUGCAUCAAAUUUAAGAUGUACAUUUAAUCUAUGCUUUAAGCAUGAUAGACAUAAUAGUCUCCUGCAUGUUUGAUUUGUUAUGGUCUGGGUAAUAUGAAAUGUAUUAUUUAUUAUUCUGAUUAUACUCUAUUAUAUGUAUUCUUGUGAUGUUUUCACAUUCCAUUUUAUACGACUUUUUACUUGUAUUAAUCUUGAUGUGUGCAAUUUUAUCUUUUCUAAUAAACGUGCCAAACCC